AUGAGGGGCUGGAUCUGGCUACUUGUGGCAACUUUACUGUGCCAGCAGCUCUCUCUCUUUCGAGUGAUGGCAGCAAAGAGAGAGAGAAAGAAGAUGAAAGAGCCCAAUCAAUAUACAGAGCCCUUCAAUGCAACCCUGUCCAACAGUGAAGAACUGCAUGGGCAUCCCAAGAUUCUAGAAUCUCCAGAUCCUCGAAUCACAGAUCCGCGGCGCACCUGGAUCUCAUUUGUACAUCGCCCGGACGAUGGCAACAACUCCAAAAGGAAAUGCAAAGGGAGAGACAAGAAAUUACGUGGCCUUGUUGGGCCCCCAGGGCCGCCGGGCCCCCAGGGACCUCCAGGAGCACCAGGGGCCGAAGUCACCCAGGAAGUCCUGCUGCAGGAGUUCAAGGAGAUACUAAAAGAAACCAUUGAACGGCGGGCAUCUCUGGCUAUCUCAGCCCAUCCCAGCCAACUGCCCCCGCUCCUGCUGUCACUGGAGGAGACCUCGCCCUACAAACGGGUGGAGGAAGCAUUCCACUGCAAACUGAAAGGGCAGGUCAUUGUGGACAAGAAGACCCUGGUCGAACUUCAGAACUUCCAGUCGCCUUUGGCCAAAGGAGCUUUCCUCCGGGGAUCAGGCUUGAACCUGGUGACUGGGCGCUUCACCGCAACUGUGUCGGGCAUCUACCAGUUUUCAGCCAACGUCCACAUCGAUCACAGUGAGCUGAAGAGCAAGGUGCAGCUCCGGGCCAGAGACAAUGUCCGUGUGCUGAUCUGCAUCGAAUCCCUCUGUCAUCGAUACACAUCUUUGGAAGUUAUUGCUGGUCUGGAAAGUAACAGCAAGAUCUUCACUGUUUAUGUGCAUGGGUUGCUACAGCUACAGGCUGGGCAAUACACCUCUAUAUUUGUCGACAACAGCGCAGGAGCCCCCAUCACCAUUCAGAAUGGAUCGGAUUUCAUGGGCAUGUUUAUGGGCGUCUAA